CAGUAGGCCAUGGCUGCCAUCGGCUGUUGAGGGGCUCGGCCCGCGAGCGCCUGCCGCCGCGGACGAUGGUGACCGCACGGGUCGGGCCGCUGCCGCCGCCGCUGCCGCCGCCUCCCAAGACGCUGCAACCAAGGGCCGGCGCGGAAGAACCGCCGCUGUGAGCCGCGCCGUCCCGGCCCCCGCCGCCCGAGGAGAACGGGAGGGCGGGCGAGAGAGCCGGGGAGUUGCGGAGCUCGCCUGCCCGCCGGCGGCGCCGCCCUGCGGGGAGGGAGGCCACAGCUCGAGGUCUGCUCCAAGAAAAAACAUGGCUGCAAAGGAGAAACUGGAAGCAGUGUUAAAUGUGGCCCUGAGGGUGCCAAGCAUCAUGCUGUUGGAUGUCCUGUACAGAUGGGAUGUCAGCUCUUUCUUCCAGCAGAUCCAAAGAAGUAGCCUCAGUAAUAACCCUCUUUUCCAGUAUAAGUAUUUGGCUCUUAAUAUGCAUUAUGUAGGAUAUAUUUUAAGUGUUGUGCUAUUAACCUUGCCCAGGCAGCAUCUGGUUCAGCUUUACCUAUAUUUUUUGACUGCCCUGCUCCUCUAUGCUGGGCAUCAAAUCUCCAGGGACUAUGUCAGGAGUGAACUGGAGUCUGCCUAUGAAGGACCAAUGUAUUUAGAACCUCUCUCCAUGAAUCGGUUUACCACAGCCUUAAUAGGUCAGUUGGUGGUGUGUACUUUAUGCUCCUGCGUCAUGAAAACGAAGCAGAUUUGGCUCUUUUCAGCUCACAUGCUUCCCCUGCUAGCACGACUCUGCCUUGUCCCUCUGGAGACAAUUGUUAUCAUCAACAAAUUUGCUAUGAUUUUUACUGGAUUGGAAGUUCUCUAUUUUCUUGGGUCUAAUCUUUUAGUACCUUAUAACCUUGCUAAGUCUGCAUACAGAGAAUUGGUUCAGGUAGUAGAGGUAUAUGGCCUUCUAGCAUUGGGAAUGUCCCUGUGGAAUCAGCUCGUAGUUCCUGUACUUUUCAUGGUUUUCUGGCUCGUCUUAUUUGCUCUUCAGAUUUACUCCUAUUUCAGUACUCGAGAUCAACCUGCAUCACGGGAGAGGCUUCUUUUCCUUUUCCUGACAAGUAUUGCUGAAUGCUGCAGCACUCCUUAUUCGCUCUUGGGUUUGGUCUUCACGGUUUCCUUCGUUGCCUUGGGUGUCCUGACGCUCUGCAAGUUUUACUUGCAGGGUUAUCGAGCUUUCAUGAAUGAUCCUGCCAUGAAUCGGGGCAUGACAGAAGGAGUUACGCUGUUAAUCCUGGCAGUGCAGACUGGUCUGAUAGAACUACAGGUUGUUCACCGAGCGUUCCUGCUCAGUAUUAUCCUUUUCAUUGUCGUAGCUUCUAUUCUGCAGUCUAUGUUAGAGAUUGCAGAUCCUAUUGUUUUGGCGCUGGGAGCAUCUAGAGACAAGAGUUUAUGGAAACACUUCCGUGCCGUGAGCCUUUGUUUAUUUUUGCUAGUGUUCCCUGCUUACAUGGCUUACAUGAUUUGCCAGUUUUUCCACAUGGAUUUUUGGCUGCUUAUCAUUAUUUCUAGCAGCAUUCUCACCUCUCUUCAGGUUUUGGGAACACUUUUUAUUUAUGUCUUAUUUAUGGUUGAGGAAUUCCGAAAAGAGCCAGUGGAAAACAUGGAUGAUGUCAUCUACUAUGUGAAUGGCACUUACCGCCUUCUGGAGUUUCUUGUGGCCCUCUGUGUGGUGGACCUAUGGUGUCUCAGAGACCAUCUUGGAGAAUGGACCGUAAUGGGCUCAAUGAUCAUCUUUAUCCAUUCCUAUUAUAAUGUGUGGCUUCGGGCACAGCUGGGGUGGAAGAGCUUCCUUCUCCGAAGGACGCUGUGAAUAAGAUUAUCAUUACCCAUUGCUACAAAAGAGCAGCUGGAGAAGCACAAUGAUAUAUGUGCCAUCUGUUAUCAGGACAUGAAAUCUGCUGUGAUCACACCUUGCAGUCAUUUCUUCCAUGCAGGCUGCCUCAAGAAGUGGCUAUAUGUCCAGGAGACCUGCCCUCUGUGCCACUGCCACCUCAAAAACUCCUCCCAGCUUCCAGGGUUAGGAGCUGAGCUAGUUCCGCAACCUCAGGCUGGAGUCGAGCAAAAUAUGCUUCAGGAAGGAACUGAACCUGCAAAUCAAGAGCAUCCUCCAGGGACUGGGAUGCAAGAAGGUUCCAGGGACAAUAAUGAGUGCAUUGCCACUAGAUCAGAUAGCCAGGAAGGGACUUGUGAUCCUAAGGAAUAUCCUUCUAGUGCGAAAGAUGAAGCAUGUCCUGUUGAGGUUCAGCCUAGAAGAAAAGAAAGCAGAAAUAAUGCUUUGAUACUCUGGAGAAGUUAACUCACUAUGAUAUUUGAGCCCAGAUUGAGGAAUGAAUGUAUGAGAUGAUGAGGCAGAAAACUUGACAUUCCAAGGGUCUGAUCCAGGAAGUACUCUCAGUGGAGACUGCUUGCUUUCAUCCCCUUGACAUUUUGGGAGAAAAUUGCAAUGUAUGCUAAUCAAAAUGUAUUUAUAUAGCCCAUGCUGAUAUUUGUAGAGGUCUGCCAAGAAAACUCACCUCAACAACUUCAGAAACUGCCCCUGAUUUGUAAGGGAUACAUAAAAUCAGAUUUGAGUGCUUGCAAGGGGCUAAAGAAAGGAUAAAGAGCAUGAAGACAGCAUGGGAAGAAGCAGGCAGAAGCAGAACUGACAUUUAACUUUCUAUGGGACAGAAUCAUUCUUACUACAAAGUAUGAGUAGUGACCAGCCCUUUUCACCACCCCCCUUUCCCUCAGUUAAUUGGAACUCAGUCAGGUGAUAAUUGAGUUUUGUACAGCACUGAAAUGAAAUCAAAGAUGUAAGAGCAUUGAUUGUAUUUCAAGAUUGAAGCACGCUCAUACUUCGUAUGUGCUUUAGGGGAGGGGGUGGGUGGGCACUGGGCCUUGCGGGUGCAUUCAUGUAAUCUGAGACUCUUGAACUUUAUGAUGGAGUCUUCAAUAUUUUGAUGUAUAUGGAACUUUUGUUAAUAUAUUGUAUACUGUGUUGGCUGUGUGAAGUAAACUAAAACUCUAAUGAAUACUUUGGGGUCCACGUUAGUGUAGGAGACCAAAGUGGGAGGGGUUUUAGGGCACUGAUAAAGGCCCGAAGUGUACUUUUCAAUCCUGUGUAAUGUUUAAUUCUUGCAACUGAAUCAAAACAGUGUUAAAUUAUGGCAAUAUUUGCACUUGGGGAAUGAGUACAUAACUGUAUGAUCACACUCUGCAAAUGCCACUUUUAAAGCUGUUAAUAGACUUUGCACCUUUUCUUUGACAAGUUGUGUCAUAUUUAAAUUUUUACAUUCAUCAUGGCUACAGGUAGAACUGGGGAGGGGGGACGGUAAUUUUUUAUGGGAAUUUUGAUAUGAAAAGAAACUAGUCAUUUAUUUAUACAAUAGGCUUGGCUCAAAAAGUGUUUUUCAGACUCGAUAUUCCUAAUGUGGGAUGUGACUUUAUUUUAUUUUUAGUAGCAAAUUUGGAUGUAGACCUGACAGACAUAGCUGAAUGUCUUAAUAAAUUUAAAUUUGAAGAUAA